AGCGAGCGAGAGAGAGAGAAAGAGAGAGAGAGAGAGAGAGAGGUAAAAUGGCCGACCGUCAACUAACUGACUUUCGAGCGCCUUAGAAAAGCAGCAGAUCGUGAGUGUUUACUCUGCAAGAGCCCGCCGAGACACUAAAUGCCUUCGGAGGGUGUCUCCUGACUGUGGUUCAGCCGAAGGGCAACGUCGCAGCGCGUCCCAUCCAGCUUCGGAUGCCUCCGAAAGCAGGAAUCCGCACAGAAGCACUUUAUUUCACAUGUAAUUCCUGAGAGAGGAGCUUCAGGAAAGGGAACAGCAGUUCAUGGAAGACAAGAAAAGGAAGAAGGAAGAAAAACGUAAAAGGGAAGCAUCCCAGAAGGUUGCAGAACAAAAAAACAAAGUGCCAGAAUUGACCAAGCCAACGUCCCCUCAGUGUCUGGCCACCCCCAGCUCUGUGUCCCCCAACCCUGGCCCCCCUCCCUCACCAUCCCCCUCCCAGGCCACCGCUCCCGCCGGCGGCCUCGCCCAGGGUGGCAACAAUGCCAAGCGGGCAGCGGUGGCCAACGGGCAGCCUCCUUCCGGCGCCCAGCCCCCCCAGCGCUACAUGUCCCGAGAAGUGCCCCCCCGAUUCCGCUGCCAGCAGGACCACAAAGUGCUACUGAAGCGGGGCCAGCCGCCGCUGUCCUGCAUGCUGCUGGGGGGGGGCAACGGCAAUGGAGCCAGCUCCCCCCCCUCACAGGGAGACGGCCCAAAUGCAACGGCUGCUGGAGCCACAGAUCCCAGUCUUGGAUCUCUGGGUCCAGCAGUUCCUUCACCCCCCCACUCUUCUUCCUCCUCCUCCUCCUCCUCCUCAUCAUCAGUCGCUGCUUCUUCUACUACGAAUUAUGCAAAUUCCACUUGGGGGGUGAGCUCGGGAAGCCAGCCCCCGUCUCAGGGCUGGGAGAAGGUGAUUGUUGACGGGUCUGACCUGGAGGAGUGGCCCAGCAUUGUGGGCGGGGCCGGGGGGGACAGCAUGGGUGCGGGUGGGGCGGAGACCGGUGGUGCCUCAUGGAGUGACAGACACCCCCAGCAGCAGAAGGGAGCGGGUGUGACUGUGGGGGCCGGGAAGGCUGGUGCCACGGGUAGCUCCUCCCCUCCAUCCUCCACUUCCUGUUCGCCCAACGAAUGUACGCAGCCCGGGGGUGUCGCAUGGGGGUCGGCACCCCCCAAAUCCAAAGCCACUCCUUUCUCUGGGCCCUCGGAGGGUGCGCUCGGGGCCAGUGGUGGGAUUCCCGGUGCCAACUUCAACCCCAGUGCCAACCCAUCUGCCUGGCCUGCUUUGGUGCCCGAAGACACGGCCGGCACAGAGGGGGCGCCUGCGGCGGAGGGCAGUCAGGCCUCCCUCCAGCCUCCCCCUUCCCCGUCUGCCAGCCCCGCCCCCGCCAAUCCGGCCAGCCACCCACAUGAUGUGCAAAACAGGGACAGAGAUCCCCCCCACGGGGAGUGGGGGGGUGCAGCUUCGGAGCCAAGAGUAGGACCAAAAACGGCAGGGGACAUGGACAGUGGAGUCGCGGUCGGGGAAGAGCCCUCUGCAUCUUCAUCGUCAUCCUCUUCCUCCUCCUCCUCCUCCUCAUGGAGGGUCCAGUCUUUCCCUGCGAACUCUAAAACGGGUGCCUCACGGGUCGAGGCAUGGGAUGGUGGGGCGGAAGGUGCCGCCGGUCCCGGGGGGGAAGGGGGGGCCCCUUGGGGGCACGAGGAGAAGGGAGUCGCAGUAGCGUCGGGGGCCCAGGGCUGGCCAUCGGGAAACGGGGGUGGCUGUAGGACCCUCGGGGAAUCUCAGGGAGUAUGGGAAGGAGCGAGAGGGGAGGAGCUUUCAGUCGGGGAGUGGGGUAAUCCAGGUAGGGGGGUGUCUCCAGAGGACGCCAGCGGUUUGACUGGGGGCGGCAGCGAGGGUGGUGGAGGCAGCAGCAACAGCAGCAGCAGGGGCAGCGUCGGAAACACCUCCGCCUCCACCUCCGUCACUCCCACAACCGCAACAAGAGCUUGGGACAAUCAGACGGGUGCCAGUGAGGGCGGGGCCGGAGAGGGAGAGGAGUGGGGGGGCCAAGGAAAGGGAGCAGCCAGUGGGGCGUCAACCUCCAGCGGGGGGCGCUCCAGGGCCAGCGGUGGCCAUGGGCACCACCGCUCCUCCCACCCGCCACCCAACCCUGAAGUGGCCUUGCAGAACCUACUGCGGCGGACGGACCUGGACCCACGGGUGCUUUCCAAUGUGGGCUGGGGGCAGACCCAGAUCCGGCAGAACGUGGCCUGGGACUUGGAGGAGGGGUGCGACAAGGGCAGUGGCACGGUGAACCCCGCCCCCUAUUCCGCCACUGCCGUCUCAACGACUACUGAUCCACUGGCAGUGAGCCAGAGCCCUGGCGAAGCCCCCUCAAGAGAUGGAUGGGAUGGAGGGGGUGGAGCCCGCGGUGUCCCAGUGUCUGGGUCGGGAGUGCGAAACCCUGUGGCCCCCCAGGCCACUGGAAGCAGCGUUGGUGGUCCAGGGAAGGGUGUGAGUGGCUGGGGAGGAGUUAGUCCUGGAGAGGCCCAGGGGAAAGGCUGGGGUGAUGAUGGCCCGGAGUGGAGGGAGCACAGGGGUGGUGGAUCUGGGGAGUGGGGCGCCUUCGGGCAACAGGGUACUGUGGCAGGUGUGGGGGGGAGCAGUUGGGGGGGUGGGGUGGAGGAGAAAGGCACAGGGGGGUGGAAGGAUCCUGGGAGGGAGGGGGGCUGGGGACAAAGGGGUGGCAGCGAUUGGGCAAAACGGGAGCUGAAAUCGGAACGGGGUGUCUGGGGGGAGGGUAAGGGUGGGGCAGGGAGUGAUCCUGAAGUGGGCUCCUGGGGCAGCUGGGAUGAGGGGGGGUCGAGGAGGGGGUGGGGGAGCGGAGACAAAUCUCACCAAGGCUGGGGGGCCAAGCAGACACCAGGCGGCCAAGCCACAGCCGUGCCCAAGGGCUCUGUGCAGCACCAACAAUCGCAGCCCCAGCAGGGGCCGCUUCUGGAUGCAGGGGCCACGCAUGGCAGCUGGGGCCGCCCGGGGGGGCCGUCCUCUCAAAGCCAGAACCAAAGCUCUGGCUGGACUUCGGGACCCAUGCCGGCGCUGGCAGGUGGCCCAGCCGAGCGCCCCGAGCCCAGCGGCUGGGAGGAGCCGUCGCCACAGAGUGUCAGCCGGCGCAUGGAAAUCGAUGAUGGCACGGCGGCCUGGGGCGACCCCAGCCGCUACAGCGGCAAGAGCGUCAACCUGUGGGACCAGAACGGCGCUGCCACCACCGGCCCCCAGCCUCAGGGCCAGCCCACCCCCCCCCAGCAGCAGCAGCAGCAGCAGCCACCACCUUCCGGGAGGCCUGGCGGCCGGGAGCAGGGGCACAGCCAGGGCAAGGCGGCAGCUAUGGCUCCAGCAUCGUGGGGAGGUGGGGGUAGCCACGGUGACCCGGCUGUGGACAACGGCACCACGGCCUGGGGCAAAGCCUCUGACGGGCCCGCAGGCUGGGGGGACCCGGAAGAUUCCGGAAAGGGCUGGGGGAAUCCGUCCUCUGGCGCGGGGAAGUCCGGCUCCAAGUCUAUGCAAGAAGGCUGGGGAGAGGGGGAGGUCUCAGUUAGCGCCUCGCGUCACUCCAGCUGGGAGGAGGAGGAGGAGCCCACUGCCGUGUGGAGCAGCGCCGGCUCCCAGGGAAGCAGCUCGUCCUACAACUCUGGGGGCUGGGGGCAAGGCCACGGGGGCAAGAAGGGCAACAGCAAGGUUUCCUUAAAGUCUGGAGGAGAUUCCUGGAUGAAUCCCAUGAACAGACAGUUCUCCAACAUGGGGAUUCUGGGAGAGGAGCCUGGCGGCAGGCCCCUCGAUCUGGCGUCCGCUCCUCCCCAGGACAAGAAGCUGGAAGGAGAAAAGCGAGGGAUGAGUCUCGGCGACUACGGCGAGGAGAUGCGCAAGGGAGGCCGUGGGGGCCCAGUCUUCCGUUCAGCCGGUUCCAAAGAGGCAGGGCCUGCUGAUCCUGGGCCUUAUUAUGACAAGGUGGGGGGUCACGGCAUGUUCAGUGGUGGUGGCGGGAUGGCCCAGUCGCGGGGCGUACACCCCAUGAACCCGUCCCCAGGGAUACGAGCACAAGUGCCUCAUCCGUUCCUGACGCCUCAGGUGCCGGGCUCCGUGCUGAAGCAGGUGCCCCCUCCCAGCAGUGGCGUGGGCGGCCUCGGCGUGGGCGGGGUCGGGGGUUUCCCGCCCCAACUGUCCCCCCAGCAUCUGGCUGUGCUGAGCACCAUCUACCCCCAGGUGCAGCAGUUCCACCUGCUGGCCCGGGUCAUGGCUAUCCUCCACCAACAGCGGCAGCAGCAGGGCCCGGGGUCUGGGGCCGGCUCCAAGCUAUCCCCGUCCCACCUGGGGGGCGGCGCCCCCAAGCAGCCCCUGGGCGAGCCGCCGGGCCCCCCUGGGAUGCCGACCUCGCUGGUCGACCUGCACUCCAAGGCACAGGCUGGAUAUUCGGCACGGUUUUCCCCCGGUCCGAACCUGCCGGGGCUGGAUUUGGGCUCCAUGGUGAGCAGCCCUGGGAGUGCGAAGGAGGCCGUAGGACAGCACUCUCGUUUUAAGUGGAUGAUGGAGGGACACUCGCCGGCCCCCCCAUCCCCUGACCCGAAUCUGCACAAGAACGGCCCUAUUUCAGCUCCAGUUAAGCUGCGGGGAGGAUCUCCUUACUACCAGUAUGAUAUGCUGGGGGGUGACGGCUUUGGGGUGCCCCCUCAGGGCGGCUCUGACAACUGGCAUCGCACUCCGGGAAACAAAAUGAGCUCCAAGUCAGGCAGCUCGAGCUGGCCACCAGAGUUCCAGCCUGGCGUGCCCUGGAAGGGGAUCCAAAGCGCCGACCCUGAGUCGGACCCCUAUGUGACUCCUGGCAGUGUGCUGGGCUCCUCGGGGACCUCCAACCUCAGCGACCCCGAGCACCAGCUACUGAGAGACCACACAGGGACCAACCCCUCCCUUGGUACCUUGCUGCCUUCCGCGGGGGCCUGGCCCUACGGUGGCCCAGACAGCCCUGUCAGCAAUGCACACAGCUCAGCAAAGUACUCAGAAUACAAGCCCAGCUGGCCCCCGGACCCCAUCGGCCCCAAUAAGCUGUGGAAGUCUGGCCCCAAGAGCUCCCAGCUGCCCCGCCCCCCUCCCGGCCUGACGGCCCAAAAGCCUCAGUCCCCGUGGACAGGUGCGGCUCCCAGGCCUCCUAGGGGCUGGGGUGCCCAGGAGAUGAGAUACAACCAAGGCUCUGCAUGGAGUGAUGCUGGGGCCUCGAGAGGCAGCUGCUGGCUGGUGCUGAGCAACCUCACCCCCCAGAUCGACGGCUCCACUCUCCGUACAAUCUGUAUGCAGCAUGGCCCCCUGCUGACCUUUCACCUCGGACUGACCCAGGGCAGCGCUCUGAUUUGCUACAGCAGCAGACAGGAAGCAGCCAAGGCCCAGAGUGCACUGCACAUGUGUGUCCUGGGCAACACCACAAUCCUGGCAGAAUUUGUUAGUGAGGAAGAAGUCAGUCGGUAUUUUGCACAUUCCCAGGGGGGAGGGAGCGGGAGCGGAAGCGGGGCUGGAUCCGGUGUGGGCCAAGGCCCAAUGGGCACUGGCACGUCGGGGGCCGGUGGCAGAGGGAGCCCCCCAGGAAGCGAGCGAGCGGCCGGGGGCAACGGCAAUGGCGGCGGUGCUGGGCCUCCCACCUCCGGCUGGCAGGGUUUGGACGAUACAGGCAGCUCGCCGGACGCCCCUUCUGCCCAAGGUCCCGGGAUGGGCAUCUUCACCCAGUGGAGCAGUAACGGGGGCGCUAUUGGUGGGGCAGGGGUUGGGGUUGGUGUGGAGGCCAUGGAUCCAGGCAGGGCUGGACUCUGGGGAGGCAUGACCCCAGGCUACCCUGGGGGCAGCAGCCUCUGGGGGGCACCGCAGAUGGAGGACAGGCACCAGAUGGACAGCCCGGCUGCACUGUUGCCCGGCGACCUUCUUGGGGGUGGGGCCGAUUCCAUCUGAGAGGCACGCGUGCAUUUUUUUUUUUUUUUUCUUUUCUCAUCCAAAACCAUCAUUGUGGCGUGCAAUGUAAAUUGCAGGAGGAGACACACAGGGCGGUACUUGUGCAGACAUGCGUUCACACGCCUAGAUGUAUUCCACCAAAAAACCUAAUCAAAAAAAAAAAAAAACCAAGAUGUAGACUGUGAGGCACCUAUGUGAGGCCUUUCUCUUAAAUGAAGACUAAACUGCAAGACUUGACCAGAAGGAGAACUAGGUGAUCUGAGAUGCUGAAUCUCAGCCUAAGAUCUAAACUGAAGCUGUAUUGAAACCAUAUAUGCACACACACGCACACGCAGAACGAAGCUCAGACAGGUGGAUGUGCUAGUCGCCACAUGUGAUUGGACGACCAUAUACAAUCUGUAAAUCCCUGCAUAUUCAGGCAGAUUGUAUCUCACACAGACAUACAUACACUGCUCUGAUGUUUUACAGAUUUAUUAUUUUUUUUUUCCUACUUUCGGAUGGUGGAAUCCAGAAACGAUGUCAUCCUUCCCUUCAAAUGCUGACCUCGUUUUCUCGUUCAGUCAUCGUUCGUUGUCUUUAUUAUGAUGACUAUUUUAUUUUGCUAUGCGAGGCACUCGUGACUUUGUGUGUGCGUGCGUGCGCGUGUGCAUUAGUGUUAGUGAAUCGUGUGGAAGCUGUCAGUGCAUGAGUGGGUGACCAAAUCCAGGGUGUUUUGUCUGGUGUUCAUGAGACAGAACGUGGUGUGUGUGUGUGUGUGUGUGUGUGUGUGUGUGUGUUCGCGCUGCUCGUUCCUUGAGUGACUGGUGAGAGGGUGCACGAGGCAGCUUACAUUUAAGUGUUAUAAACAUUUUGGAGUGGGCUUGGUAAAUGUAUGCAGAGUAUAUGUGGGUGUGUGUCUAGGUCACACAUUCGACACCAUUGGCACUAAUUAAUCUUUUUGCUUUGAUUUUUAGCGGCAGUUUUGUCUGAAUUUCAGUAAUAAUAUUAAUAAAGAAUCGCAAACAACUGAAAGGCAUAGAUAUUGAAAAAUGCCAAAUCUUUACCUAGUGGAGCUGGACGGGUGUUUACAAAUGCCUAAAAAAGUAUGUGUGUGUGUGUGUGUGUGUUUGUUUGUUUUUCCCCUUUCUUAUAGUUUAAAUACAAGACAGGCUUUAACACUCCUGUUUGUGUGUUUCUUACAAAAGAAGUAAUUUAACAAAGCAAGUAGAAUAAAGCAGUGUUUCCCAACCCAGUCUUCGGGGGCCACCAGGAAGUCCAUGUUUUUGUUCCUUCUCAGCUCCCUACUGAGGGUUGCUGAGGACCGGGUUGGGAGACACUGGAAUAAAAGAGUCUUCUGUCCUAUGGUUUUGUAUCCUCCUUCUGAGGGAGCAGGAUUUAUGUUUACAAUUCAGUCCAUUUAGCUGUUCAUAAUCAGAGGUGCACUUCUAGACAAUUCGCUACACUCGCGAUUCGCGGCGUUCUGAUUGUCAUUCUCGUUUUAGUUGCUACUGACCGUGUAUCCCUAUCGCUAUCCUGGAAGCUUGCCCCCCACCCCACGUGCAGUCUGUUUGCCCUGUUCUUUGUUAAAAGAACCACUGAUGUACCAGCUGUUACCUUUACUUUUGUUUUUUUGUUUUUUUUUUUAAACUUCUGCAGGAUCCCUUUUAUGUACACUGACUUUGAGUUGUUUCCUUGCUAUUACUUGACCAUGCUUGUAUUGAGAGCAUAAGGUAAUAAGGUACCAGCUUAAGCUGCCCAUACCCAAGCACUACCAGGGCGCUGUGACAGAAGUUUGACUUGCUUGACUAUCAGAUCAUUUUUGCAUCGCUGCCUUUGCAGGUGGGGGCCUUAUCACAAUCCACCAGUUACUGUAAUGGUGUCGUCCUUCAUAACCCCCCCCCCCCCCCCCCCCCCCCCCCCCCAGCUCAUGAGUCUCCUGUGUAACGGACUGUCUCAGGUAGGUUAGCCUGCAGGGGAAAGCUCAACAUUCAAGUGUCUGAGCCUCUCGCGCCUCACACCGGCCCGGGACGGUUACGGCGGAGUGCUCUCCAGGGUCUAUGGGCACGCAUUACCGGGUAUUAAAUUCAGGGCAUGAUAGCAGCCCCAACGUAGGUUAACGUUGAAGUAUCCCUCAGCCUGUGACACUAGUUUUGGGCAGAUACUCUGUGAUAUUGGCGUCAGCCUGUGAUGUAGCCAGUAAAAUUACUCUUCCAUUUCAGUCAAACCAAACUAGGCCUUGACCCGACCGUCCUAUUGGCUGCGAGAGUCAGAGCAGCUGGAGAGCAUCUGUUUUAGUGCUUGUUCGUUAGAAAGGGUUACCUGACGUUGACACCUAAAAUAAAGGCUGGAUCUUUGCUUUCGUUGUGGAAUUAUUAUUUUUUCCUUCGCUUGUCACAGUGGUUAGUUUACAAUUGCAUAAAUAAAAACAAUACUAUGGUUACUA